AAAGACUUAUUUCAUUUCCCCUGAAUAUUAGCUAGGGAGGUGUUAACGUUAAAUCGCACGGGGCAUUUAGAAGCAGUGAACGACGAUUUUAUUGCAGUUUUGCAUCCCCAGUAAAUUUACAGGGUCUGUGGUCAGCACAAACAUGUCGCACACAAUUUUGCUUGUCCAACCUACGAAGAGACCUGAGGGCCGCACAUAUGCUGACUAUGAGUCAGUGAAUGAAUGCAUGGAAGGUGUUUGCAAAAUGUAUGAAGAGCAUCUGAAGAGGAUGAAUCCAAACAGUCCCUCCAUCACUUAUGACAUCAGCCAGUUGUUUGACUUUAUUGACGACUUGGCAGAUCUUAGCUGUCUUGUGUACAGAGCUGACACUCAAACAUACCAACCAUACAAUAAAGACUGGAUCAAGGAGAAGAUUUAUGUCCUGCUACGGCGUCAGGCUCAGCAAGCAACAAAGUAAAGGCAUCAAUGAGGAGAUGUUCUUCUCUGCUCACUUUGAAGGAGUUUACUAUACAUUGGAAAAGGAAGCGGUUUGAAAUAUGGGGUAAAGUCAGACAUUUUGGGCUUUAUAUAGAAAUGGAGUUGUGCUUGGCAGCAUAGGUAUAUUUUUAAUUUGUUACACUAUGGUGAGAAUAGGGGUUAAUGGCUGCAAGGGCUAACUUAUUGAUGGAGAGGAAUCCCUGCUUGGAGAAAUGCUCACCAGACAAGAUACAAUUUUUUAACUUUUAUUUUAUUUGGGUGAGGGGUUAAGUAGUUUAUUUCCCUGAAAGUUAUGUGAUGUUUUUUUUUAUAUAUACCUGUACUGUGCAGUUGGAUUAGAACAUGCUGUGGAUUUUAAAUGCAGGUGAUAUAUUUUUGAAUGACAUGAAUGUCUAAAGACUGACGGACCCAUUAUUUUAACUGAUCCCCGAAGAUUUAUUUUCCAUAAGUCAUCUAUUAUUACUGUUGUUACUGUAGCCUUGCAUCUUGAUGUAAAAUGCUGCUUUUGUAAACAUUUUGUUUUCAGUAGAAUCUAAUUUCAGCUAUCCCUGUUGCUUUUUUUUUUGUUGUUGUUGUUGUUUGAUUUACACAGAAUAAACUGUUGUUUUCUGA